AUGAAGGAGAGGACUGGAGAAAGUUGGAAGCCUCUGUACUUUCCCCUUCCCCCUACAUUUCCGCUUUUUUCUCUCCCCUGUCCGCUUUUCCGCUCCCCAUUCCGCCUUUCUCCUCCCCUUUCCGCUUUUCCCCUUUCCUUUCCGCUUUUUUCCUCCCCUUUCCGCUUUUCCCCUCCCCUUUCCACGCUCCCCUCAUCUUCCAGGACUUCACAUCCCCAUUCUCCGCUCAUUCCCCCCUCUUUCCAGUCACCCUCCCAACCCCCCACUCUCAUCACUGUUGCGCUCUAUUGUUCUCUUCCUUCACGCCCAUCCUCAGCUCCCCUCGAUUCACCCCUCGUUCCCCCUCUUCCCCCCUCCUCCCCUCUUCCCCCUUUUCUGACUCACCCCCUCAUCCCCCCUCCAACACCCAUACCUCAACUUUUCCUCCGCUCAUGCUUCUUCUCCAUCACGAUCACCCCUCAUCUCCCUCCCCUCCCCUGCCACCGCCCCCUCACUACCCUCAUCUCUCUCACCCCCCUCCCCUCUACCACAGCGUAG